GGACGAAGAAGGGGGAUGGGUGGGGGAGAGAAAAAUACGUGACAAAGAAAACAUUCUCUGCCUAGGAGGAGACUCUCAGAGGGUGUAGAACUGGAGGCAGCAUUCACUGGCCAUGCCAGUACUUACCACUGAUGCUGAGUCAGAAACAGGUAUCCCAAAAUCCCUUUCCAAUGAGCCUCCCUCAGAAACCAUGGAGGAAAUCGAGCACACAUGCCCACAGCCUCGACUGACCCUGACUGCACCUGCCCCAUUUGCAGAUGAAACCAGCUGCCAGUGCCAAGCACCCCAUGAGAAACUGACCAUUGCUCAGGCCCGCUUAGGAACACCAGUUGACAGACCUGUCAGAGUAUACGCAGAUGGAAUAUUUGACCUCUUCCACUCAGGUCAUGCAAGGGCACUUAUGCAAGCAAAAACACUGUUUCCCAACAGCUACUUGUUGGUAGGAGUUUGCAGUGAUGACCUCACCCACAAAUUCAAAGGUUUCACCGUGAUGAACGAAGCAGAGAGAUACGAAGCGCUGAGACACUGUCGCUAUGUGGACGAAGUCAUCAGAGAUGCUCCGUGGACACUCACGCCAGAGUUUCUGGAAAAACACAAGAUUGACUUUGUGGCCCACGAUGACAUUCCGUACUCCUCUGCUGGCUCUGAUGAUGUUUACAAGCAUAUAAAGGAAGCAGGAAUGUUUGUUCCAACGCAGAGAACGGAAGGCAUCUCAACAUCAGACAUCAUCACCAGGAUUGUCCGUGACUAUGAUGUUUAUGCCCGACGCAAUCUCCAGAGAGGGUACACAGCCAAGGAACUGAAUGUCAGCUUUAUAAAUGAGAAGAAGUACCGCUUCCAAAACCAGGUAGACAAGAUGAAGGAAAAGGUCAAAAACGUGGAGGAAAAAUCAAAGGAAUUUGUUAACAGAGUGGAAGAAAAGAGUCAUGAUCUAAUUCAAAAGUGGGAAGAGAAAUCGAGGGAAUUCAUUGGCAACUUCCUAGAACUGUUUGGGCCUGAUGGAGCAUGGAAGCAGAUGUUCCAGGAGAGGAGUAGCCGGAUGCUGCAGGCCUUGUCCCCGAAGCAGAGCCCUGUGAGCAGCCCCACCAGGAGCCGGUCCCCUUCACGCUCGCCGUCACCCACCUUCCCGUGGCUCCCGAACAAAAGCUCACCCCCCUCCUCACCCAAAGCAGCCUCAGCCUCCAUCAGCAGCAUGAGCGAGGGGGAUGAGGAUGAGAAGUAAAGGCUGCCGGCAGACAACAAGGGCCACGCCACACAGGCUGGGGGGAGAGCAGGGCACGGGGGACGCCUGAGUGGUGUGGGAAGGGAAACAGUCGCAGGAGCUGCAGCUCAGCCAGGAGACCCUGAGCUCUGCUACGGGAAGGCCUUGAGACCAGCUCUCCCUCAGUCUCCACUCAGCCUAAGACUUGGGCUCUGCAUGGAGGUUUCCCGCCGGACAACCUAUACAAACUGCCUUAGCAUCAUCUAGAACCACUCUCCUUUAACCUUGCUAAGGAAAGGUGCAGAGCACCCCUGGGAGACUUGUACUGAGUGGGGUGCCUUCUGCUUUGCUCCUUACACUGACCCCCACCAAAUAUACCACCUGUGGAAGCGGCUGUUCCCUCAAUCUACUACUUCCAGCUCCUAAGGGCCCUGCACGUUGCCUCCUACCACCCAAGCUCUGCCAGAAUAAUGUUUCCAGUAGAGGUGGCAAAGUGCUUCUGAAAUAGUCAAGCUACAAAUGCCAACCUUCUCAGUUUAGCCACGAGACCUGAUGUUGCAACACAGUUGCAUCAAUUCUUUCCAGUUCCAGGAACGUGGCGUCUAGACCAAGCCUUGCUUUAGGCUACAUGUAUCAAAGGUCACCUAGUGUGAACCUCAACUUCUUAUUCCAAGGACAGUUUUGUCAAGGAGAACGCCACCUAAGGUGUAAUGUCUCCUGGUUGUACUCUUUCAUCAUUGGUUUGACUUCAUUGUUUUCCAGAAACUACCUUAAUCUGUGGGAAAUGCAACAAAACAGAACAUCAUAUAUAUACAUACAUAUAUAUAUAUAUGUAUAUGUAUAUAAAGGAGCCGCUUUGCUUUGGCUCCAAGUUUAGCAGAUGGUAGAUGUUUCCUGAAGCUUCUCCUUCAAGGAUGCUAUUAUGGAAUGGCUUUUCCCAUUUCUGACCAGUUAACAGUUUCAUAGACCUCAAGUAACGGUUUGACGUACCAAACCACAUAGUAUACCAAUAGGGGGUGCUACCUGCACGUAUCUGUUCUAUGUAUGCUCCCAAUACGCCAUCCAGGGUGUGUACCAUAUGCAAUAUGAAUCUAUGGUGGUGGCAUUUUACAUUAUCCCCCUCUCCUGCUCUCACCCUAAUACCCUGCUGAAACCCUUGGUCUUAAGAACUACCUGGUUCCCUUGUGACUUGGGCACUUUGUCAAAAGCUCAUCCUGCAUUCCUGUAGAAAUGUCCCAGCCACGAAAUCAGCAUGUUGUGCUCACAGCCUCCCAUCAUCUUUUUGGGUAGAGGAAGGCUCUGAAUAGUUUCGCCGAGCAAGGUGGGAACCUCAGCAUCUGGACGUUCCAGGUAGUCCUGUAAUCACCCACCUCCCCGGCCCUAGGUUUCAAAUGGGAUGAAGGCGCUAAGCAUGCCCGCUGAGUUGUCUGAAGUUACUGCCCCCUAAGCACAGGUAGAAAUGAGCAGGUAGAGGCAAGAUGUAGAACCACACUCUUGGGUAGAAGAGGCAUUGCCUGGCUGUCCCAGUAAAGCCAGAGGCCCAACACAGCAACUUGCGGACAGAGCCCGGCAUCUCUUGUGACAGAAACUCUCCCUUUCAGAGACCCUGGGAAACAGCCUUCUGGGUGACAAGUGGGGCAACCAGUGAAGGAAGGUGGCAUGUCUUUCCCCCUCGUGUUGGGGUUGAACUACCUCCCUACCCACCUGGAGAUAAGUGGUGUUUGUUGGGAAGCAAAACCAUGAGGCUAAGCUGGCUGGGAACCCCCUUGUUCUGGGCACUUCCUCCAGAACUGUGUCGAACACUCACGGGACAGAGAGCUGGUGGGAACAUGGCGCAUGUGAAGAAAACUUGUUGCCGUCAAGGCCCAGAGCACUGCUCUGCUGAGAGGGGCAAAGGCCCCGUUCCUCCACUGGGCCCAUUUGGUCUCUGUACGCCCACCAUCUCCUGAGCGGUGACAGGGUGAGGAGGCCCGCUGGGCAAGGCAAGGCAGUGAGAACAAGGGAAGAGAAAAGGAGAAAGAGGGGCCUGGAGAAAGGCAAGAAGGUUAAAGAAAGUCUGCGUGCUCAAACCAUUUCAGGGCCUCCCUUUGUAGGGGAAACUCUCUUGGGAAUGCCUUUUAUGGGCUUUUGCCAUGGCCCAGAGCAGAUAAAUCCACUUUUACCUGAUUCCUGCUCUGGAGCAAAUAGCUUGGAAUUGAUGUAUCGGGCAGAUUCUAAGUUUUCAGGCCUCACACACCACACUGACAGGUGCCGCUUACAUGACUCAUCAGAUUCAGUGCCAUCCUAGCUGCCAAUUAUGGGAAAUGACCAAUGCCUGGGAUAUCCCAGGGAUGGGCCGCAACAACCCACAAGUGGGUUCUAAGUCUCACGCUCUGUCCCCCUCCUGACCUGUAACAAUACCUCCCCACCCUAAGGCUACGAGAUUACCGAGAAGGAAUGAGGAGAUCCUGCAACCCAACUUUUGAUGCUUCCUGGCCACCAGUUUAUCCCUGCCCCUCCUCCCCUGCUUGGGAGGAGAUGGGCUGGCUCUUUGUUUGGGCCGGCCAGUCAACAGUAAUGGCCAAGAGUGCGUUAAGGCUGGAAUGAGAGACGUACAAAGUGUGACACAAGCUUGGAGAGGUAAGCAGGAAUGACAAAAAGCAAGGAAAGGUUCUUUUGCCCUAGACAGGGAAGGAAGCUUCGGACUGAGGGCUGGAGAAGAGCAAUUUAGGUCAUGGAGGGAGGCAGGUUACAUGAAGAUGGGCGGGAAGGGAGCAUAGUUCCUUUCCGCUCCCUUACAAGUGUCAGUCACUCCCUAACAGGUAAAGGAGGCAGGCUUUCUUUCACAGCCACCCAAGGUUAGUGGGUACCUGUGCAGGAUGUGGGUUCCCGUCCCCCCACCCCGUCCAGCUUCCCCAUUUCAGCCCUUCUCCAUUAGCUGCCACAUCUUCCUCCUGGGGACCCUGAAAUCAAAUGUUCACCAGCUAAAAACAUGGGGCAACUGUAAUGUCAUAGUCACAUUGAAUGGCCUGUCUCUGGCAAGCCAACUCCCGUGGGCCAGGACUUUACAAAGGCAAAGGAAACCAGCCUCAAGAGGAGUGAUCCCAAGACCUAAGUCUGCCUUCUGACCUGCUCUGCGGGGAAGGGACACAGCUGCAGGAUGGCCAGCUUGCUCCAUGCCUUAGGCUGGAGUUACUGAGAGUCCAUCCUUGGAGGGAGGGACGGAAGAGCAUGGAUUCGUUCUCUCCAUCUUCAGGACUUAGCACCCAGGCAUACCCCAGGGAGAGACUUCGAGAAGGCGACCUACACUCAGCUGACUCAGAUGAGCCUGAAGGGAGCAGAGAUAUUCCUGUUCCUCAGGCAUCCGUUCAGCACUAGUCUUGGCCAUCAGAUUUUUCUUUUUUUAAAAAAACAGAAUGAGCUCAUGAGGCGUUUGCAACUUCUACCUUCUCUCUAGACUUGAGUUUUUUGUUGUGUCCCUGCAACGUGUCCCGGGACAAAGCCAUAAGAAGAUCAUACAUACUUAAGACUAUGCUGUACACGUGAGACAAGAAGAAGACGACUCGUCUGGGUUAAAGCCCGACCUUAUGCCCAAGCAUUUGCUCUGGUGCUGAAUAACGCAAACUUCCGGAAUCAGCCCCACCUCUCCCCACCCCCUCCUACCCCUGCACAUCCCCCUCCCCGCUCCAGACCCACUCCUGCUCCCCAGCGGGACACGGCAUUGCCAACUUGUUUAUAAAUAAAGGGAUGCAGAAUUGCA